AUGCCGAAGGUGUUCAAGUAUCUGAGAAGCGCUCUUGCACCAAAUAUCAACCAUGGUCCGCGGCCAAGCCAACUUGAGCAAGUGAACAGCCGGCGCAAGGCUUCCUUUACAUCCUCAGCAGAAGAGACGUGGCUUCCAGACUUCGAUCCUUUGACAGUUUCAGCCUUCGAACUAUCAGAACUACUCAACGCGAACGCAAUCAGCAGUGUUCAGAUUGUGGAAUCAUACCUACAGGAGAUUGAGCUUCAUAAUAGACGAGGUCGCCAAUUGAGAGCACUGAUAUCAGUUGCACCACGACACGAGGUGUUGGAAAAUGCCAGGAGACUUGAUGAGGAGCGGGCAAGAGGCAAGAUCCGCGGGCCACUGCAUGGGAUCCCGAUUGUUCUCAAGGACAAUAUCAUGACCGACGAAAGUUUAGGAAUGGAUACGACAGUUGGUUCAUAUGCAUUUGUUGGAUGUAUACCGAAGAAGAACGCGACAGUCGUGGAAAGACUGUUGAAAAAGGGCAUGAUUAUCAUCGGAAAGUCUAAUUUGACGGAGUUCUGCGGUCUAAAGAACCCAUCGAUGCCUCCGGGAUGGUCAGCAGUGGGAGGCCAGUGUCAAUCACCGUAUGUUUCGAGACAUAUUGCGAAGAGGAAGCUGCACUGGGAGCUUUCAGCGCCAGGAGGUUCAUCGACCGGAUCCGCUGUGGCAGUGGCUGCUGGCUUCAGUACACUUGCGAUUGGAACGGACACGAUAGGAUCACUUACUACGCCAGCUAAUCGCGCUGCAUUGUAUGCACUGAAGCCGACGGCUGGAGCAGUGCCUAUGGACGGUAUCUUCAACCUGAGCAAGACUUUUGAUGCUGUAGGCGGCAUGGCCAAAUCUGCCAAGGAUCUCGUAGCUUUGAUGGACGCCAUCAUGAUGCCCUCGAAUCGGGAGGAACACGCGAGAGCGCCUCGCAGAUCCUUCAAGAUCAAGCCUGACUUCGGGACUCUCAGGAUUGGAAUUUGCGAGCCUCUUAUCUGGAGAGCUUGGCGCAAGUCUGGUCGGAUAAAUGCUGACGCUGAGAGGUACAUGACCCAGAAAUACGACACGAUUGUGCAAAGCAUGAUUGAGAUGGGUGUGGAUGUUGUGUAUCCCGUGGAACUACCCAAUCAGUCCAGUUUGACCAUCGAUGGGAAGAAUUGCUUCGAGCCCGUCGUCUAUUCGGAAUUCAAGGACUGCCUCACUGAAUUCAUUCGCGACUUCAAAUCCACGAAAGUGCACUCCCUCGCCGAAAUUAUCAACUUCAACCUCGAACACCCUGAGCUCUGCCUCCCCCCAACCUGCCCAGACCAAACCGACCUGAUGGCGGCCCUCCAUUCCACCACCAAGCGCGAAGCAAUCAACAAAGCCCGCCAUCACCUCCAAACCGCCGGCGGCCCCGAAGGCCUCACCCACCUCUUCACCACCCACUCCCUUGACAUCCUCCUCGCUCCAGGUGACGCCCCCCUCUCCUCCCUCGCAGCAGCCGCAAACUACCCCACGGCCGCAUGCCCGCUCUCCGCCCUAAAACUCAACGGCCAGCCCUUUGGCCUCACACUGGCCUCCCGCCCCGAGACCGAACACACACUCCUGCACUUCCUGACCGCGUACGAAAACAUCUUCCCACCCCGCGCACUGCCCUUGCAGCUGUCCUCGGUGCCCCUGCAAGACCCGAAUCCCAUACCUCUGCCCGAUCAGCCGAUUGUCGAGCUGAUUCUGCAUGAGUGGGAUACACGGCGCUUUAGCUGCUCGGCCGAUGCGCUGGCGGAUUGGCUGAAUGCGAGGUGGAGGAAGAGUGGGUACGAGAUUAGUGCGGAGACGGUGUGUGAGGUGUUGAGAAGUAAUGGGAGAAUUGCGUUUAGGGGAUUGGGAGAUGAUGCCGCUGGUGCGUUUUCGAGGUAG